AUGAAUGUUCAUUCAGCUGCAGCAAUAGGGAGAGGAAUUAAAUUUCAUAAUAUUGCAAAGAUUAAUAAUAACGUAAUUAAUAAUGGUGAUAGAAAUACUUGGAAUGAUGAGGUGGUUAGGAUGAUAGGAAGUAUACUUUCCAGUUCAGAUCUCUAUACUGAAGAAAAUAUUAAGGAGAAACAAGUAUUAAUUUCAUCAUUGAAAAGAAUCAAAUGGAAAGGUGAAUCGAAAUAUUGCAUGUUGAAUAGAGCAUUGAUGAAUACAUUUAUCAAUUCGUAUUCUGCUCACAUAUUGAAGGAUUCAACAGCAAAGAGAAAAUCCUUUCAGAAAUUUGUGGAAAAACCUCAAGUGAAUGAUGAUUCAAUUAGUGAGAUAUCAAAUGAGAAUAAUUCGUUUGUGAAUGGGAAAAGAUACAAAUACUUGAUGGAAAAACAAUUAUUAUCUAUAGGAUCUAUUGCAAUUUCUACAUUCUUUUAUUGGUAUAAUUACAGUGAACAUAGUGAGGCCUUCCUUUAUCCAAUGUUGACAGUUUUUACAGGAAGGGAACACCAUCCAAGUAGUUCAUGUCCAAAAGAGGAUUUUCAAUUUGGAAUGAAAGCAUUUUCAUUCUUUUACAAGCAUCAUUUAGAGUUGGACUAUUCUGAAAGGUGUUGGCUCUCAAUAUUUCGUGCAUGUAUCAAUUAUUUACAUUCACAUGUUCCAGUAGAGGAUUGUGGAACCGUUCUACAACACUUUGUUGGACUUAAAUUUAAAACUCCACUCAGCAGUACAUGGUUUGAAAGUAUCUUGUUACAGAACAUUGAAUAUUUUGAAGAUAUUUUACCAUUGGUAAUUGGAAUAUUCGAAAGAAAUGGAAUGGAGAAAGGGCUUCCAGAAAGUGGUCUGUAUCAAUGUUUGAGAAAUGUUGACUCUGAGGAGGAAGAAUUGUCUCUCGCUCAUACAGUGGUGCGAUUUUUCAAGCACUUGGAGAAAUUUACAAGUCGUGAAUCGAUUAUUUCCAGAUACUUGCAUAGUUUUCUCCUAGAUUCGAUUUGCAAACUAUCUGAUGUCUAUAUUGAUGAGCUCUUGAAAUUGUAUCCAAUAGAUCUUGAGGCAGUUUCCUUUCUAGAUUGUGCCAAAUUGAAAAUUACUGACAAGUUUCUAAAAAUUGCAAAUAAGAGAGGAAUUAAUUUUCCUCUAGAGCGUAUUGAGGAAGCACUUUUUUGGCGACACUACUCACAGAGCAGCUCUUUCACUAUCAGAUAUAUAAUGGACACUUUCAAUUUAGAUAUUUUUGAGAUUCAGGAACGUACUGGAUUUUUAUCCAACUUAUUGACUUCAUUUAAAUAUAUUGUUGAUAUGAAAUCACAUAUUGACAUAAUAUUUCCAAGCUUAAUUGUGGAAUGGAAGAAAUUGAGUGAAAUUAAGGGAGAUGAGGAUAUAAUCAAGGAAAAUAUUCUCUCCAUAGUGCAUCACUGCAUUGGUUGGACUGAUUGUGAAACUAAUUUGCAUUGGCUCAGAAAUUGUUUCAAGCCAAAUAUUUUUGAUUUGGACUUGUUGGAAAACACGAUUCACACUGUAUUUAAUACAGAGGAACGACUCACUCUCUACCAUUUGACAAUGAUCAAUGAGAAUUUGCUACUUUCUGAACAUACCGAGAAAAUACUAUCAGGGGAGGAUUAUUCUGAUUUUAUGGAUCAAAAUUUUGAGAAUUAUAGUAGAAUGGAUCCAAGAUAUCUGGUAGCUCUUUAUAGGUUUGUUCAUCGUCCUUCCAAUGAUGAUGAUCAUAUGGAAUUUUUGUAA